AUGAUUUUAAUGACUGCGAAAAGUUGAGCGAGAGGAGCAGAGGAGUUUCCGUUAUCCAUUCUCUUUCUUCACCAACAAAAAAAAAAUUAAAAUUAAAAAUUCUGUCAGAUAUUUCUUUUUUUUCUCCCUUCUUUCUCUUCGUCGUCAGAAAAAAAUCGAAAUUAGGGUUUUUGAUUUCAAUCAAAUUCGAGGUUUAUCUUCAAUCAUGGUGUCUGAUUCAAUCAUCAAUGCCUCGAUUCCCAAUGCUUCGAAGGAGUUCAGCAAGAAAAAAAGGGCGAAUAGGUCGGCGAGAUUGAAGCAGUGUAAGCUUGAUGCUAGGCGAGAACAGUGGCUUUCUCAAGUUAAGAACAAGAAUGGUAAGGAGGAAGUGAAUGGUCCUGCUGUUGUUUCAUCUGGUGGUGGUCAAUUUGUCGGGCCGGCUAUUGAGACUCGGAAGAAAGCGUCGUUGCAAUGUUGUAAGGAUUUAGAUGUGCAAAGUCCGAGAGUGGAGGAGAUCAAUCACCAUUAUAGUGAUUCAGAGUCGUCCCCAUCGAAUAGUCCAAUGAGUAGUAGUAUAUCUGGGGGGAAUGAUUCAGGGAAUACUUAUACUGGAAGUAGUAGCAGCAGCAGCACUAGUUCGAGCUUCGGCAGUAGUGGCGGAUGCUGCUCAGGGAGCAUAACAGAAGAAGAGGAAGGUGAAGGUGGUGGUGAUGGUGGUGGUGAUGACGGAUGUUUGGACGAUUGGGAGGCAGUUGCAGAUGCUUUGGUGGGUGCUGCGGAUGCUAAUCAGGGUCAUAACCCAAAUGCUGAUGUUUGUCCUGAGAGAGAAACCACAGUUGGGUUGAAUUCUGGAGCUCAAUUGCCAAGCUGUGAGAAUGUGGAUGCCCAAGUGGAGAGUUCGAAGAGGGAUGAUGGGGUUGGGAUUUUGGGUAGGGGGAGCGAGAAUUGCAGAGCUUGGAGGGCGGAUGAUGCUUUCAGGCCUCAGAGUUUGCCCAAUUUGGCAAAACAGCGGAGUUUCCCGACUGGUGCAGAGAGGCUUCAUGGGUUUACAAACCCUUGGGUUCGUAACAAUACGAUACCUCGUGUGCCUACGUCGUGCCCUAUAUGCUGUGAGGAUUUGGACUUGACGGAUUCAAGUUUUCUCCCUUGCCCGUGUGGGUUCCAUCUGUGCCUCUUUUGUCACAAGCGGAUUCUUGAGGAGGAUGGCCGGUGUCCUGGAUGCAGGAAGUUAUAUGCUUCAGAGUCAUCAGAGAAGGAGGCGAGUGUGUCCGGAGGUAGUCUAACAAUUCGUUUGGCUCGUUCUUGUAGCAUGUCAUGUUCAAGGGUUUAGGAGAUACAAUCAUCUUUUUUCUUUCCUUUUUGGGCUCAUCUUAUGUAUGGUGGAACUCUCAGAUUUUACUUUGUGGUGUCUAUCAGUGUUUUGUUCAUCUAGCCUGAUUCUAGUUCAUAGAUGUGGGUAUAAAAGCUUGUGGUUUGAGCACCUGAGUUAUUGAGCUGGCUUGAAUAUAGAGAGUUUGGUCCUGAACUGUGUGGUGCUUUCGCUGAUUGUAGAGGAAUUGAUGCUAGUAUGUGAAUAGAUAAGUGGUACAGAAAUUGAAUACAUUAAAGUUCAUUACAA